CGUUUCUCGUCCGUGGUGCUGCAACCUGGGCAAAAGACUACUGACCUGUUGGUUUUUCAGUUCUAAGCAACACAGUCAGCAAUUUUCUGGUCAUUUUAUUGAUGUGCCCUAGAUGAAGCGUGUAUUGAGGAAGUAUAUAUCAGGCACUAGAAAAAGGGUUGAAAUGAAGCACUGUAGACUUAAAAGAAGAUUCUAUCAACUUCAGGUUUCACUUAAAAAUGCGUGAAAUGUAUGUAUGUACGUAUGAAAAGUAAGACUUUGUAGUUGAAAGUAUCCUGCAACCCAACUAUUUCGUUUGCAGCACCGACUUGAUGGACUUCUCUGCUCAGAAACCUAAGUAAAUGGCAAGGUCUUUUUCCUAGAAUUUGAAACAUUACAGCUUUGUAGUUUCCGUUCUCACUGCCUCCCAAGUAUGCUUCGUUCCCCCCAACACACAGAGAAUUACUUCUCUUUAUAAAUAUCUUCCACUUUCUUACUUCUGCGUGUUUACUCACUUCGACGCCUCUGCCAGCAUGCCCAUUUCAUCUAAAUACGGCCAUCCUUACAUGUUCAAGUGCUGGAAAUAAUUUCCUCAGUUGAGCCUUCAUAGAUUUAAACUGUACCUCUCUAGCAGCACUUUGUUAACUAUACAUGUCUAUAAAAUACAACUGUGUCUUUAUUUCUCUGAUUAGACCAUAAAUUUUUGAAUUUAUGGGUUAUCCAUGUUAAUCUUUCAUUUAAUUACUGCAUUAUUUUUAAAACAGGGAUGUACUGGGAUCUACAUUUCAGAGAAUUUUUAAUUUUGGUGCCCACGUUCAUAAUGAAUGAUUUUAAAGCGUGCAAGCAUUGUUAGAAUAACCAACUGAACCCUGGAACCUGCCAAGUGAUUUCAGUGCCCACCUUUAUUUGUAUUUAUGGUCCAUUUUGGCCCCAAGAUAGAAAACUGGCUAAAAACAUAAAUGAUAGAUGAGCCACAGGUGGAGAUCAAAUGACAUGUAUGAACAGAGGUUUCUCAGCAAAUUAAAGUGAUGAGAGAAUUGAUUCUUUUUACUGCGUGACAUAUUCAAAAGAACCUACAUGGUUGUAAGCCAGAACCAUGUGUAUCUGACAAAUGACUAUUCAGUUCAGCAAAUUUGAAUUUCACGUUUUUUAGUUUUGUUUGUAUGUAAUUUGUAUUCAUUCUUUCAUUAAAUAUUUAUUCUUUGGCUUGUAUGGUUAUAUAAGAUUUAGGAUAGAGUGCAUGUAUUUGAGAAGCAAUACAAUGAUUUGAACUCAUGGUUUUCUUUUUAAAAAAACACAUUAUAUUACUCCAUUUUUAGUAACACUGACUUAGAUAUUCAUCAUCCUCUGUUCCCUUACAGCUUAGACUUAGCAAAUAAAGAUGUAUUAUACAGCUGAAGGCAUAUCCGGUUGUGUAGACACAGAUGGUGCCCCAGCUGUAAAGGCUUUAUUGAUCUUUGUUUGUUUUCUGCUUAUGGGAACUCCACCUGGGUCCUUAAAAUAAAACCUUUUGUCUCUUUGACCGCUUAUUGCCAAUUCCUAAAAGAACAAUAAUAAUAAUAAAUAAGACAGACCCACAGAGAAUAUAUUUAAAGGGUCAGGCAGCUUCUGAGCCUCCACACUUCUUUGUGCUCGUAGUUCACAGAGAAAAUGUUCUUCAAAAGAAGAACCUGGCUUUGGUUAUACAUCAAAACAAGUAUCAUCCUAGGGAGUGAGUUAAAUAGUCCAGAGCAUCAUGGUAAAAAUAACUGUUAUCAGCUUAAUAGUUUUCACUGCAGCUUUGAGGAAGCAGAAAAUUACUGUCAUGCUCAGGGAGGACACCUUGCUUACACUUGGAACCAGGAGAUUCAAAAUCUCAUCUGGGACUUUCUGGAAGAAGGGAAGAAGUGGUGGAUUGGGCAAAAUUUAAUGCUGCUGGGAAAAUAUCAAGGAAAAAAUCACCCAAAUGUCACGGCUCACAGGACCACAAAGCACGCCAGAUGCACUUACAUAUCCAGAAAGUCCAAUGGGGUCUUAUCAAAAGUAGACCUGUGCUCACUAAGACAUUAUUUCAUUUGCCAGGCUGAUCAAGAUGCAAGUUAUGAAAGAAAUGGAAAUAAUUCUCAUUGGCAUCCCAUGAAGACAGAAAGAGAAGUCACAACAUCAAGAAACAAAACAACCUCAGAAGCCACUCGUCUUUCAGCCACAUGUCACCAACCUGCUCAUGCUAACCCUUCCAAGACCCUGUGCCAUUCUAUCAGCCCAUUUCCUUCAGUUGUACCCAGAGUCACACAGCAGGGAAUGCCGGUCACGGUCACGUCUGUGCCCGCCAGCCAGCCUCUCCCUGCGGUGGCAGAGCACACCAGGCCUGCACCUGCAGCUCACGCGGCAAAAGCUCGGGUAGAAAUCACUUCAGGCCCCAACGAGGACUCGCGUGCAGAUGUCUCCACCACUCAUCUACAGGCCUCAAGUCAGAGUGCAUCUGAUCAGGUCAUAAAUGAGAUAGCAUGGAACUUCAGCACAGCAAUUCAUGGUUUACAAGCUCACAACAAACUACAGAAAGCUUGUGAGGUGCUGCAGAAACUGACAGCCUUUAUCCCGGGAUUUUCUCAGCCAGUUCAGGUUGAUGUUGUGGACUCCCUUAUUUACCUGAGUGAGCAAUUAAUGAAAAACCCUUUUGAGAAUAACAGCACUCUGGGAUUCAGAAUUCCUGUGACUGUCUGCCUCUUUCACUCCCUCAGCAAUGUAGCGAAAGCUGAUAAAGCAAGCGGGUCAAGCUCCAAGCAUGACAUUGCGCAGGUAGAAAAUAUUCUGAAAAUGUCCUUGCUGGCCCUUGGAGAGAUCCAGGAAACAUUUCUACAGCAGAAUCAGCAUUCUGAGUCCUCGGUGACUUUGACCUCUCCUGUUGCUUCCCUGAUUUUGAGCAGGCAAAACAUAUCAACUUUGCCUCUGAGCUCUUACACUCUCGGAUACCCAGCACCUGUGAGGUUAGGCUUCCCAUCGGCUUUGGCUUUGAAGGAACUCUUGAAUAAACACCCAGGAGUUAAUGUUCAAGUAACAGGACUGGCUUUCAAUCCCUUCAAGGAUUUUGAUGACAAGAACAUUGUUGGAAGCAUCGGAAGUGUGUUACUAAGCUCUAAUCAUAAUUUGCUCAAAGUCCAUGACUUAAUGGAAGAUAUUGAGAUCGUUCUCUGGAGAAAUGCAAGCAUGGAAACCCAUGCCACCAGCGUCAACCUGAGCACAGACCACUUUACUAUCACGGUGAACAUCACUUCCCUGGAGAAAUCCCUGAUCCUGUGCAUAGAGCCUGAAAGUCCCGUUUCAAUGACACUGUACCUGGGGUUCCAGUAUCAGCCCAACCACACUUCCUUCCACCUGAACAUCACCCUUCCAAAGGCUCGUGUACAGCAAAAAGAUGAGGAAUAUACAUGGGUGCUGACUCCAGAGAGUUUGCAGUAUGGGGUCGGCGUCUACCAGAUAACAGCUGCGUUGAAUAGAAGCAUGGAGGGUGCUCAGGAGGCACCCACCCUGUUCUCCGUCAUAACUGCCGUCACUCAGUGCUAUUUCUGGGACAGCCACAACAGCACGUGGAAGAGCAGCGGAUGUCAGGUUGGGCCACGGAGCACAGUUUUGAGAACACAGUGUCUCUGUAACCACCUGACCUACUUUGGCAGCGACUUCUUCAUUGUGCCCCGGACGGUGAAUGUUGAGGACACGAUCAAGCUACUCCUGCGUGUGACCAACAACCCUGCUGGGGUGUCACUGCUGGCCAGCCUUUUGGGAUUCUAUGUGCUCCUGUUCGUGUGGACUUGGAGGCAGGAUCAAGCAGAUGUACAGAAGGUGAAGGUCACUGUCCUGGCUGAUAAUGACCCCAGCUCUCAGUUUUACUAUCUUGUCCAGGUCUCCACUGGGUAUCGAAGAAAGGCCUCUACAACAGCUAAGGUGGUCAUCACCCUUUAUGGGUCGGAGGGACGGAGUGAGCCCCAUCACCUUUGUGACUCCCAGAAGGCGGUCUUUGAGCGAGGGGCCCUGGAUGUCUUCCUCCUGAGCACUCCGUCCCCUCUCGGGGAGCUGCACAGCCUGCGGCUCUGGCACGACAAUUCUGGCGUUAGCCCUUCUUGGUAUGUAAACCAGGUGAUUGUCAGUGAUGUGGCCAGUAACAGGAAGUGGCAUUUCCUGUGCAAUUGCUGGCUGGCCGUGGACCUUGGAGACUGCGAGAUUGACCGGGUCUUCAUACCAGCCUCAAAGAAACAGCUCUUUGCCUUUAGACACCUGUUUUCCUCCAUGAUUGUAGAAAAGUUCACCCAGGAUUAUCUGUGGCUCUCGAUUGCAACUCGCCAUCCCUGGAACCAGUUCACAAGAGUCCAGCGGCUCACUUGCUGCAUGACCCUCCUGCUCUGUAACAUGGUCAUCAACAUGAUGUUCUGGAAGGGGAACAGCCCCGCGGCCCAGAGAGAUGAGCAAGUGGGUCCGUUUGCUGUGACCUGGUCCGAACUACUUAUCAGCAUCCAAACUGCUGUCAUCCUUUUCCCAAUCAACCUUGUAGUUGGGCGGCUCUUCCCACUGAUUCAACCACAGGAACCUCUGCCUGUUCUUCCACCCACCAAGGCCUCCUGCCUCUCAGAUGCUUCUUUUGAGCCCCUCUCUGUCUCAGAGGUAGCUGAGGAAUUAAAGGAAACUGUGGGAUUUUUGCUCAGGAGAACUAAACAGCUACUCUCAGAGUGUGAACAAUCUUCAUGGAGUUCUUACACCGUGAACCAGCUGGUCGCACUUUUAUCCAAGCUCAUUUAUUCUCACUUAGAGGGUCAGGGCUGUCACCAGCAGGCAGGACCCUACUGGGCAAAUGAGAUUCCUGAGAACCACCAUCAUUUCUGCUGCUACCUGCUCAGAGUCCUGCAGAGGCUGCAAUCUCACUUCAGCGCUUUGGGUCCCACCCAGGUUGACCAGCCUUGUGACUUCCCAGAUGCAGCCAGCCACCUGCAAAUGCUCCAGGAACUCUUAGAAACACAUUCUCUUCCCACAGAGCAAGGGCCGUCCAGGGAGGCAACCAGUUUCCCCAUCCUGAGCCCAGAAGAAGGGAGGAAGUCCACCUCUAAUGGCCUCCCUAGAUGGUUGACUUACAUCUGCUGGCUCCUUCUGGGGGUCACCAGCUUGGCCGCAGCCUUUUUUACAGCACUUUAUAGCCUGCAACUGAAUAAAGAGCAAGCCACCAGCUGGGUUAUUUCAAUGAUUUUAUCAGUGCUUCAGAACGUCUUCGUCAUCCAGCCAGCCAAGGUGAUCUUCCUCUCAAUGUUCUUAUCGCUGAUUCUGAGCAGGAUGCCCUGCCUUAACAAGGAGAAGGAACAGCAGACGAAGAGGAUCUUGGCACUCUCAGCAAAAUGUUCUUCAUCGUUACCUGGUUCAAGAGACAAGAGGAACCCCAUCUAUGUAGCCCCGGCUCUGAACAGCCCAGUUAAGUGCCCAGGAAGAGCCUUGAAGGAGAAAGAACUCUUCAAGCUGACAGGAGAUAUCCUAGUACAAAUCCUCUUCCUUGUCCUGCUGAUGACUGCAGUCAACUCCACACAGAACGCCAGUAGAUUUUACCUCCAUCAAGCUCUCUGGAAGAGCUUUUCUCACCGUUUCUCAGAGAUCAAACUUCUGAAGCAUUUCUACCCCUGGGCCACUCACACGCUCCUUCCUAACCUGUAUGGGGAUUACAGAGGAUUUGUUACCGAUGGGAACUCCUUUCUCGUGGGAAAUGUUCUGCUCCGCCAGACUCGCAUUCCUGGUGCCACAGACUUUCCAUCCAAAGUGUCUCCCCAAGAACAAGUGAAGCCAUCUCACCCAGAUCUGGAGGAUACAGAGAACUAUGGGGUGAGCUGGAGGCCCCCUGAAAUGAACACCACGGACUCAGACAACAGUUGGCAUUAUCAGAAUCAGGAGACACUGGGCGGCUACCCCAUCCAAGGGGAAUUUGCCACUUACUCAGGCGGAGGAUACGUUGUCAGACUUGGAAGAAAUUCCAGUGCUGCAGUCAGAGUUCUACAGCACCUUGAACAGAGCCACUGGCUAGACUGUCGCACCAGAAGCCUCUUUGUGGAAUUUGUGGUCUUCAAUGCUAAUGUGAACUUGUUCUGUGUAGUGACCUUGAUUUUGGAAUCCAACAAUGUGGGUGCUUUCUUCGCCUCCAUAAGACUGGACAUUUUAACUUCCCUUCAGACAUCAAAGAAGGACUUUGCCUGGUCUGUCGUCUCUCAAGUCAUCUGUUAUCUCCUGGUCGGUUACUAUGGCAUCAUACAGGGCUGCCGGCUGAAACAGCAGAGAUGGAGGUUCUUCACGAGGAAGAAAAACAUUCUGGACAUGAGCAUAAUCCUUAUUACCUUUGCCAUCUUGGUGCUUGACAUGAAGCUUAUUUUCCUACAUAAGAAAAACAUGGCACAAUACCACCAUAACCGUGACAGGUUCAUCAACUUCUACGAGGCGGUAAAAGUGAACGCAGCUGUCAUUCACCUCAUGGGCUUCCUGCUUCUGUUGACAACUGUUAGGCUGUGGAACCUGCUGCAUCAUAACCCCAGGUUGCAGGUCAUCGGUAGAACACUCAACAAAGCCUGGGAUGAGAUGGUGGGCUUCAUGCUGGUCAUCCUGAUCCUGCUGACAGGCUAUGCCAUUGCGUUUAACCUGGUGUUUGGAUGGCGCAUCUCUGAAUACCGAACAUUCUUCAGUUCAGCAGUGACUUUUGUUGGCCUCCUGAUAGGAGUCUCUCAUUACAAGGAGAUUAUCACUUUAUGCCCAGUGCUGGGCUCCUUUCUGAUCCUCACCAGCGUCAUCUUGAUGGUACUUGUGAUCAUUAACCUUUUUGUUUCUGCCAUUCUGAUGUCCUUUAGUAAAGAAAGAAUGUUUCUUAAGAGUUGGAAAGAAGCAGCACCGAUAGAUAUGCUGCUACAGAAACUCUCCAGUUUGUUAGGAAUCCAGUACAUCAGAACACACGUGAAAGCCUCUGCAAAGGCCCAGAAGAGUAACAAGGCAAACUCACAGAUGCUAUCUGGGCUCACAUACAGAGACUACAAUGGGCCCCUUACUGCCACAGGCAUCCACAUUCCCCAGGAAGCCCCAGGUAAGGUCUGACUUGUGUCUAAGCAUGGAUCACUUGCUUAAAAUAUUCUCCGCUAGAGUGGUGGGGGAAAAUGAAGACAAAUGUACUUCAACAAUUAAAAAAAAGAAAAAUCUCCACUAAAAUCCACAGCUCAUCAGGUGAUCAAAUCAGUGGAGAAAGCAGCGCACAGAAUUUUAAACUUUAUUAUCAGCUACUGAGCUAUGAUACAAACCAAUCAAAAACAUUAAAGAAAAGCUACUUGAAACAGGUAUACACAGAUACACUACAUAGAAGCCAAAGUCGUAUCUUCCAAUCCCAAAGC